AAAAUGCAAUUGAUUGAUCAAACAUUUAGAAGCUCAGUAGUUGAUUUUAUUUCUUCAAUACAAUUGAUUGAUCAAAUAAUGAAACAGUUGGAAGUAACUCUUCAACACCUUUAUAUGAAUAACUGGUUAAGACAUGGACUUGAAGAUAUUCCAAAUUAUGAU